ACCUUUAAUUUUGUUUUUCGUUUAAACAAAAAAAAAAAACUCUAUAGAAUCAAAAAAAUUGCAGCCGCUGCCACACUAAACUCAGCUACCCGGAAAACGUAGCCGGAGUUAGUCGUCGUUAGAAGGAAGCCGCCAUAAACAUGUGAGAGAAGAAUUCAGUUACCUUCAACUGGUUGUUGGCAGAACCAGUUCUUGAACUGGUCUUUACUGGUUAUUAGCAGAGGCAGUUCAUGAACUGAUUUGAUUCAGUUAUUGUGAUACAUCGAAGUAAUUGUAUCCCCUAAGCAUCUAUAUAAAGAAAGAAGAGGAAGCAUCGUUGCAUUUUUUGUAGAAAGGAUUGUCAGAAAGCAACCAUGGAUGUUGAUUCACAGCCAACUAUGGAGGAAACAAUUUUGGUUGGUGAUGAUCUAAUGAUGGGCCCUCCAUCACCUGUAGUACCACCAGAAAUAGCCUCCCAUGUGCUCCAAGGUGUUGAUUUAUGUGAUGGAAUUCUGAGGAAUCUGUUUUUGUGCUUGCAAAUCAAUGACAUUGAACCAUUCUGUCAAGAUGAGAUUGCUCUAUAUAAACAAUGUGCUGAAAGAAGGGAUAAGGAAAUAAGGAAACGACUUCCAGAUUGUGAAUUCAAAUUGGGUUCAUCAAUGCCUUUAGAUGCAGCCAAGGAGAGGUCUGCUCAGCUUGAGGCAGAAGUUACAUCAUUGGAGAGGCGCUUGAUUCUUGCUAGUGGAGUUGAGGGCAUUGAAGGUUUCCGCCAAAGAUGGAGCUUGCACGGCCGCCUUACCGAUUCCAAAAAAAGGUUGGAGUUCUUAAAGCAGGGCAUGGAUGGAAGAAAAUGAUGAAUCCUUUGGUGAAAAUCAACUACCAAACAUUGAUUCUUGAGGGGAAGGUUGAACCUGCAUCAAGGGCUGCACAAUGCUACGUUCCCCUCCCAAUUUUUGUUUUUUAAAUUUCAGAAAUUCUGUUAUUUCGUAACCUUCAUUUUUAUGUUAUAUGCAAAUGUAGUAAUAUAGUGUUAGAGUUAUUACUUACCAGUUACUACAUGAUCGGUAUCUCAGUCCUAAAAUAUUUGAUUUUCCAUUUACGUAUCAUCAUCGAAAUAUUAACAUCUUGGGUCGAGUACCUCAAAUAUUAAAGUAAUCAUUUUUUUAGGGUAA